UGGCCCACGUGGCUUUUUGGCAGAGGUCGGAAGAAGAAAUGGCUGAAAGCGCGUCAGUCGCGGGAGCUAGCGAAUCUACGACGAAGGCAGGCGGGGGGGUGGAGGGAGGAAGGACGCCCGCCGCUACUCCAGCGGGCGGCGGCAGCGGCAAAAAGAAGAAAUCAGGGAAGGAGAAGAGGCUCCGCAAUGAACCUCGGAGCGUGUCUGGUGAGCUAACUCCGCUAGCCAUAAAUGUGAUGGACUUUGCAGAGGCGAGAGCCACCGAGCUGAAGGCCAUGACACAGGUCCUCUCCAAGAAGCCGGGAGACGGAGGGAAGAGGGUGUUCCAGCAGCUGCCGCGUCACAUGAAACGGCGGGCCAUGAGUCACAACAUCAGGCGGUUGCCUCGGAGACUGCAGGAAAAGGCUGCAAAGGAGAUGGAAAAGCAGGCAGCGGACAAAGAAGGGAAGAAGAAGAAGUCCCGAAAACAGCGGAGGAAGAUUCGUAAUCUUCGGGAAGAGAAGAGUGGGAGGGGCCAGGAUCGAGACUCCGGCCACCCACAGCGGCCCGUCUGGCUCGAGACACACGUCUGGCACGCCAAGAGGAUGAAGAUGAUCGAUCACCAUGAUUACUGCAUGGCUGAGAGCGUCAACGACAAAGGUGUGCGGCAAGCCUACCGCUCCUUGCGAUACGGCUGUCUCCUAUCAGAUGUUUCGUAUCAGUGUUGUAUUGAAGUGGCUGGCAGUAGAUGUGACGUUCUCUCUUGUUUGACACCAUUCUUCAGCGGGGAUACUGGGUUGACACCAGCUGCAGUAUCGUACGAGAACGGAAGCAGGGCCGGCCACUGUGUCAUGUACCGCUCUGGUACCUACCCCUCAGGUGCCAUUGGCCCCGUCGAGUUCCUAUGGCAACCGGUAAACAAUGACGUCGACACGGCGAGGCUGUGGUUGACUGUACCUCCGGCCAUUCACGAUGAAGUAAUGGAUGAACUGACUGCUGCCGUGGAGAAGGGAUUUCGUACCGGUUGUCACGGGGAUUAUCAACUCGAAACUGACAAUUCUGGUGUAAGUGGCGAUGAACGGCGGAGGUCAAAGGUGACCGUAACGAGUCUGAGAGACGAGUUUGUCAGGUUUCGUCUCGUCGGCCCGCGAUCCCACGCCGUUCUCAUGGAAACGCUCAAACCAAUCACCGAGGGAAACGACACAACAACCUUUGUUCGAUCAGACGCGCAAACAAUUACCAAUGAAACGGUCGAAACCUCCGAGACAUCAGACGCAGGAACACUUUCGUUUUCAAAACCUGACUUAUCACGGAUUCCGUCCCCUGUUCCGUGGUGGAGAGAUGAAGAUGAAGCGUUGGCUACACACAAUAAACGUCUACAAAGAACACUUGAAGAUUUGCGGAGUGCAACCGAACCGGGGGAAUUUCCGAAAGGAACGGUCGUAGGAAUGGUGGUACAAGAUCCGCGGUUGUUCACUCCGAGCAAGAAGACAGAUAUGGUGUCUGAGUUUUACCCAAGGAGGAAGGUUGAUUGG